UCACAUUAUCAGUUAAUAUUUAAGGAUUACUGGGAAAUUAGUUGAUAAGUAUAUUCAUAUAAAUAUUGGAAAGCGUAAGGAGAUCAUCACUUGUGUCCAAUAAGUCUUACAAAAUGCAACUGUUCGUCCUUCUGGCCAUCCUGGGAGCCGCCCUCGCGGCCCCCAACACCUCGGUCCGCAUCGCUGGCGGAGACGACACGCUGAUCCGUCAGUACCCGUUCUUCACCAACGUGCAGAUAGGAGGUUUGGGUGUCUGGGUCCAGCACUGCGGUGGCUCUCUGCUGUCUGAGACCGUUGUCCUGACCGCUGGCAGCUGCCUCGAUGGCACCAUUGCGUCGUUCCUGCGUGUGAAGGUGGGCGCGUCGGCGUACAACAUGGGCACCGUGCACAACGUCGUCAACUACAAGUACCACGAGAGGUGGAACUCGCCCACCUACGAGAACGACAUCGGUCUGCUGUUCCUGCGCACGCGCGCCACGGUCUCGAACAACGUCGGCUUCGCCCGCAUUCCCGGCGCGUCCUACACCGUCGCUGAUGACGCCACCGUUGUUGCCGUCGGAUUCGGAGACACCAAGCCCGACGAGAACUCCAACCCCGACAUCCUGCAGAGCGUGGAGAUCAAGGUCAUCAACCAGCAGACCUGCGCCCAGCGCUACGCCGAGCUGAAGGACCAGCCCAACGCGGACCCCAAGCAGCCCCAGGUCACCUCCAACAUGAUCUGUACCGGAGUCCUGGACGUCGAGGGCAAGGGCUGGUGCUACGGAGACGAGGGCGGCCCAGUCGUGGCUGAGGACAACAUUGUUGUCGGUGUCGCCUCCUGGAACCACCGUUGCGGAGACGCCAAGGUCCCCGGAAUCAGCACCAAGGUGUCUGCUUACUCCGCUUGGAUCAUUGAGAACGCUGGCAUUCCCGCUUAAAUAUUUUUUAACGUUAAUAAAAAGUAAAUUUUAUAAGUAA